AGCUUUGGAGCGUGUCCUGGAACUCACUCUGUAGACCAGGCUGGCCUCGACCUCAUAGAGAUCUGCCUAUCUCUGCCUCCUGAGUGUUGGAAUUAAAGGUGUGCAUCACCAACACCCGGCUCAGACCCCCACCUCUAUUCUGCCCUUUGAUCCCAGACCCCACAACUCCAUCAAGCCCAUGAGAAGCUCCAAACCUGCUUUUCCAGCAGUUUCCAUACCUUUCCCAAUGAGUCAUCUUCCCCCACCUGCCAACUCCACCGUCACCACCCUGUCAUGGAGACCUAAGUACUGUUCCCAGGGAUUCAAAUCACACUCCCUUCCCUCCACCCACCCAUUCUCCCUGCAUCUGAUGUACUGGGGGGGGUGGCCCUGGAGCUGAGUGGGCCUUUCCUGUGGCAUUCCAGCUGCCCUAAGCAAAUCCCAGUGAGCCAAGCACUACCUAGCAAAACAGAGAACAGCAUGGGACAGAGAUGAGCCUUCUUCGGGGGCUCCUAUCCAAGACCCUCCCAGAUUCCACAUCCUGACAUGUUGUAUGAUAUUUUGAUUGUGUUCUGACAAAUAAAGAUUGCUUGGAGUCAGAGAACGGGGCCAGUCACUAACAGACCAGAAAUUAACCACCGAGGUUUGGAGGACCAUAGACAGAGAGGAGACAGGAAGUGGCAAGGCAGGGCUGAGAAAUAGAGGAUCUCUUUUGGAUAUUGGAACGAGAGAGGUAGGAAGCAACUGGCGGCUGCUCCCUGUUCUCUGAUCUUUCAGGUUCUUACCCCAAUAUUUGGUCCUGAUUUUUUAUUGAUAAAGAUGAAUUAUAUUAACACAACAUUUCCAAGUCCAAAAAUCAUUUCAAGAAGAAGCACAUGGAGUCCCCAGGGCACUUGAUUCGGUCCUAGCUUUAUCCCACUCCAUUAACUCAAGAGCUAGCUAGCCCAGAGAAUGGGGCCCAAGGAUCUCUAGCCCCAGGUCUGACUGGCCCAAGGUCUAUAGGGUUCUCAGAACCUCAGCUUGGCCCAAGCCGAUCCUCCCUGAAGCAUGCCCUGACCUGCUUUUUUUCAUCUGCUUUGCACGAGUACGGGAAGAACAGGCCCAGGACUGAUCUCUAUCUGUACCUAGCCAAUUGCUGAUAGCCUGGACUCACAGGACAGGGGCAGGAGGAGGGCUCUAUAGAGCCCACCCACACUACCCCCAAAUGAGUAGACAGAACCAGCAACUAGGGGACAGUUACCUUUCUACUAAAAACUAGAGUCACGGGGCAAAAAAAAAAAAAAUCUUCUAUGCAUGCAAAUAGAGCAAAGGUGCGGCUUAGAAAGCAGGACUGAGACCUUUAUUAGGGCCUUCCUAAGGCCUUGGGGGUCAUCUCUGAGGGGUGCACAACCACAGGGGAGCAAGGCAGAGAGACAGCAAUACUUAUAAGGUGGGAGGCAGAGCAAUACUUAUAAGGUGUUCUCAUUACCAUUGCGUGAAGGAUGGAGUUGGGGACUUAAUGGGAAUGGGGCCUGAGGCCCGAGCAGAGGGAGGAAGAAGUGGAGGAAAACGUAUAUUUCUGCAGCAAUGAGAGGCUCCCACAGCUUGCUGCUCCUCAGGAGAUCCUGUCUGACCCUGUCCAUACCCAGUUUCCUGGGAUAGUCAAGCUCACAUGGUUUAGGGUCUUCAUAGCCCUAACCUGGCCAUACCCAGUACACAGACAGGCCAGACCCCCUAGCUCCCAGGACCCCUGCCUCACAGUCACCUCCACAUCUUCAGCAAGGACCAUUUGCUUCCUUGGAGUUCCUUGCUCCAAGUUCCCACUGGGUCAACCUAGCACUGAGCUCCGAGCAGAGAGGAAUGUAAGCUCUAUGCCUUCCAACCUGUGGGUAUCGAGAGAACCAGUAUGGGCUGUAACUGGAGGAACUACCCAUUGGAAGGCAGCAAGGAGAGUAACAGACAGAAGUGCAAGUCCACGACAAUGUGACCCAGGAAUAGGCAGGCAACCAACAAGGAAAACAGAGACAACAGUGGGAGAGAUGGAGUCUCAACAGCAUCAGGUGUCUGAAGCAGGGACUAAACAGCCUACAAGGCCAGCCCUGCUCAGGGAGGCCCCAGAAGUGAGGGACUAGGAACCUCAAUCCCUCCAGCUGGCAGGAGUCAGGCCUGUUCUGGGCUUCUGGACUUGGUCCAGGAAGGGUGGGGUGAACCCUGAUUAGCACGCUACUGUCAGGCCUGCCCUCACUCCUCCCACAGCCCCUGCCCUAUCUAUAAGGUCUGGGGAGAGGAAGAGCCCCACUGCUUCCAGACAACGCUUAGGAUGACGACAGCUCUGCUACUCCUUCUUGCUGUGGCUUUAGCCACUAGCCCAGCCUGUGCACUCCGGUGUCAUGUGUGCAGCAGCAGCACCAACUGUAAACAACCUCAGACCUGCCCAGCCAGCUCCCAGUAUUGCAAAACUGUUACCACAGUGGACACUCUGACGGGGAAUCUGGUGAAGAAAGACUGUGUAGACUCAUGCACUUCCAACAACAGCCAGCAGGGCCAGAUCAGCAGCGGUUCCUGGGUCACACAAUGCUGCCAGGGUGACCUGUGCAACGAGAGGCUGUACAGCGCCGCACCUGCACGUGCCCUGUUCAGCAAUGCCACCCUGGGCCUGGCAAUGAGCCUGGGCUUCCUUGCCCUGAUGGUUCUUGGCCUGUAAGACAC